AUGAAUUAAUCUGUGGAAGAGAGCACAUAAUAAAACAAUCAUAAUUAUAUUCCAACUACCAUGAGAAAUUUAGACUCUUAAGAUAAGAAAAUUGAUCUAUCCUCUCUGAAUAAUGAUAUUGAACAAGUUAUUGGCAAGCCUGAGGAUAACAAUAGUAUGAUGAGCUUUAAGAGAGGUUUUUCUGGAAAUAAAUCACUGGCAAUGCAGUAAGAUUUGAAAGAGGAUGUAAGAGGCAGUCUUGAAGAUGGAGAAUCAUACUUUAGGACCAGAAUUGGAAUAUCAGAUUCUGAAGGAAAUUUAAUACCUUAUUGUCGACUUAAAGUUCAUGAUUUAAUGCAUUACGGGGAGACAUUAUAUUUGUACUUCUAUCUUAUGCGAUUUUUAACGUUUUUCUUUGGAAUAAUAGCAAUGCUCUAUAGCUUAAUGACUUAUGUGAAUUUUAGUGGGAAUUACUUAAGCACUGAUACGAUGGAAACUUAUUUAGACUUUAUCAGUCUUGCUAAUUUUUACGGUUACUCAAAUAUGACAACCAAUGAAAACGCAAAAGGGUGGAACUAAAAAUGGGAUGAGUGGAAGUACAUGUAUUACUAUAUUGACUUAAUUUGUACAACUGUCAUCUUCAUAAUGCUGAUAUUUAUGAAAAUGAAAAUUAAGAUUGAAGCAAAGAAAAUAAAAAGAUAAUUUUCAAAUAACUAUAGAGCAGUAGUCUAGGUUAAUUUGAUCCAAUAAUUGAAGAUUAUAGAUGACUAAAUUGAGGAGAUAGAUAUCAGGAAUCAUUUCUAAUCUUUUGGCAUGAUUAUGCAUGUUUCCUUAAUUAGAGAUGUAAACUAGACUCUGCAUUAAUUCACCAGUGCAGGUAUAAGAUAGAGGCAACUUUAAAUGAUAAAAGCAAAGAAAGAAUUAAUAGGCCAUAGAAAGGUAGAAGAUAUUAGUAAAGUUGAGAAGCUAUAUGAUAUCAAACUAGAAGAUGCUACUAUAACUAAUCUAUAAGCUUUAAGAUACGAUCAAUUCCCAUUGAUUACUGCUAUAAUACACUUUGAAAGUGAAGAUUCUGUGAAGAAGUGUUUAGAUCAUUUUAAUAAAAAGAAUCCGAGUGAGAAUAAAGAGGGUAGAUUCAUUAGAUCAAUUCCCAUUAGCGUAUCAAGAGCAAUUGAUCCAACUCUGAUUAAUUUUGAAUUUUAUUAGUAUUCACAACAGAGAGUUAUUGGACUAUCACUACUUUUAGCUUUGUAUGAGUUAAUUAUUCUUGCAGCUUUAUAUUUAGUAUGCUAUACUUUCAGAGAGUAUCUUUUGUACACUUAGUAUGAUCCAGCUUGUAAAGACACUAAAUACCUCAGUAAAACAGAGAAUGACUAUGCAAGCUCGAUUGACAAGUAAAAUUAUCGGGAAUGCUUUUGCAGUUAGUUUUCAACAUACUAAAUUAUGUAUGGAUCCAAAACAAGUUACUAUAACUAUUGCUAUGAUUGGACUAAGAAUUUUAUGAACACUUGGCUUCCUCUAAUUCUAAUUAAUGCCAACAAUGAAUCAAAUAGAAAUGUCAAGAGCCUUUCAAACAAUUUAGAUUUCCAAUUACCAGGUGGAAGAAGUUUUAAGACCCUAAUUAUGAUGGGACAAUAUGAAUCUUCGACAAGAGACUGGAUUAAAUGGUUUAAUUUCCCAAUUUGUUCAAUCAUUGUUUUAUAAUGGAUUUUUACAAUGAUUCUUUCAUUUCUCAGAUUACUUUAUUACAAAAUAUCAGUUACAUGCAAAGCAAGAGAUAAAAUUUUAAUGUCUGAAUUUCAUAAAGUGUGCAAGGGCAUGAAAAUUAAUAUGUCUUCAAAAUUAGCUUAAAUUUGUUAAUUUCUUGGAACUAUAUUUGUGUUUUCUGGAGCUUACCCUGGAUUAUUCUUAAUGAUACCAAUAUAUUUAGGUUGUUUCUAUGCUAUUGAAAAAUUCUUGUGUAAUAUUAAUAUCUAAUACUCAUUAUUUAUAGUGCUUAAGUGUUACAGAAUUCCUCCAAAAUAUGAAAUUACUUUGCUCUAAAGAGCACUGAAUCUAUUGCUUUUCUCUCUAUUUUUUCACAUGGCUUUUACUCUCUGGGUAUUUUCAGAGCCCUUAAUCUUCCCUAAGAAUGUAAUUGAGCUGCAAAUUAAAGCCAUCAGCUACUACUAUGUAAAAGAAAUGACAUUUUAUGAUAGAGUAUUCACCCAGAAUGGGUUCUAAUAUUUUGUGAUGAUAUGCUCUGCUGUAAUUUUACUAUCCAUUACUAAAUACCUGAACAUCGCUGUGAAGUAUUGCUUAAUAUAUAGAGAUGGGCUAUAUAAGCAGUUAUCAGUGGAAAAUAAGGAUGGGUAAUUUCAGACAAGAGAUGAAGUGCAGACAUAUACUAAUUAUAGAUAAGCAAGAAUAAAUAAUCUCACUUAUGAUAUUCAUGAGAGGAAGAGAUACAAAAGAGCAAUCAGCCUCCUAAAUGAAUCACAAGCUAAUUUAAGCAGAAGUUUAUUAAGUAUUUCAUAAGGCUAGAGCUUAAAGGUAAGUGAUCUCUUCGGCUCUAAAAUGAGUAAUAAGGUUAAACCUAUUUGA